AUGGAGAAAAAAGUUGUGGCUGUGUGCUGCGUUGUGGGUUUCUUAGGGCUCUUGUCAGCUGCAACUGCCUUUGCUGCUGAAGCAACAAGGAUUAAGGGUUAUCAAAUUCAGUUUAUCUCACCAAAUCAGUGCACGUAUCCUCGAAGUCCAGCUCUACCUCUUGGUUUAACUGCGGCACUGACUCUUAUGAUUUCUCAAAUUCUCAUAAAUCUUUCAACUGGGUGCAUUUGUUGCAGAAGAAAUUUGCGAAUCCCUGAUUCCAGUUGGACAGUGGCACUGGCCUGCUUUGUUUUAUCCUGGUUCACAUACUUAAUCGCAUUUCUCCUGUUGCUAACUGGUGCUGCACUGAACGAUCAACGUGGAGAAGAGAGUGUAUACUUUGGAACCUACUACUGUUAUGUUGUCAAACCUGGAGUUUUUGCUGGUGGUGCAAUGUUAUCUCUUGCAAGUGUUGCAUUUGGAAUCAUCUAUUACAUUACCAUAAUGGAGGGAAAGAAUGCUAGCAAUCCUUUUGGUAAUUCCUUAAACCCUAAUCAAGGGGCUAUAGCCAUGGGACAACCACAGAUUCCUACUCAAACCAGUCAAGACCCGGUAUUCGUGCACGAAGACACAUACAUCAGGCGACAGUUCACAUGA